AUGGCGCUGCAGGACUUCACAGUCGAUCUUAUUCAACAAGUUAUUCCCUUUCGUUCUCCGAACCCCCUGGAGGACCCGCGAGAACACCGCCUGCGCCUGGUUGAGAGACUAGGGGGUGGAACCUACGGCGAUGUGUACCGUGCAGUAGAAGAACCCGACGAAGGCGGUGGGGGAGGCGAAACAUUUGCCGUGAAAUAUUAUGUAGACGAGACGCGAACCGUCACAGAAGAUGGCCUGGGCUGUACAACCAUCCGGGAGCUCUCUACAAUUUCCUCAUUCGGUUCCCACCCGAAUUUGGUUCGCAUGCGUUACCUCUUUAUCGAUCAGCUUCCUCGUCUGGUCGAGAGCAUCAACCAGCAGCGGAUACAGUGGGCGCGGCAGCAGCAUGCAGCAGCGGACCCUGAGAACCAGGAGCAGUUGCGGCGGGAGCUGCAGCAGCAGCUGCAGCAGGAGGAGCUAAAGCAGACACAGGUCUUCGUCUUUGCUGCUUACGAGCUCUGUGAGGGGGGAGAUUUAAAGAAACUUCUCGCGAAGAAAAGAGAAGCAAAACCUUCCCCGAGCGUCUCUCCUGAAUGGGGCCUCCCCCUGAAGCACGCCAAACUUCUUGCAUUUCAGCUUCUGAACGGGCUGGCGUUUCUGCAUAAUGAAAAGCUGUGCCACCGCGACCUGAAACCCGACAAUUUGAUGUUAACUUCAGAAAGCGAAAAUUGUGUUCUUAAGAUCGGAGAUUUGGGGCUUUGCCGAAGUUUUAGGGCAAACGCCGGCGAAAUAACUCCAACUGUCUGCACAAUUUACUACCGCCCUCUGGAGGUUCUGCUGGGGAGAAUGAAAAUCGGCAACGGCUGCACUGAGGAGCAAGGCACGCACUACGGCCUCGGUGCGGACAUUUGGGGGGCCGGCUGCAUUAUAGCGGAGAUGUUUCGGGGUAUUCCGCUUUUUAAAGGGACGCAGGAAUUUGAAGUUUUGAUCCGCGUAACGAAAAUACUCGGCACCCCAACGGAGGCAGAAUGGACGAACUGCACCGCGUUGCAGCACUACCCAUUUGGGAAUCGAGGAGAAAGUCAUUUCUUCAGUGAACACGAUAAGCGUUCAAAUUUGAAUGCAGUUCUUUUUGGUAAAUUAGAUUUAGAUGGACUCGAUCUUCUCGCAAGGAUGUUGGAUUACAACCCCCAUACACGCAUUUCAGCUCAAGAAGCACUCAGCCAUCAGUGGUUUACGGACGUGGCGUUUGGGCAGUUGGACGGCUUGGGUGUAUACAACUGGUUUGUAGAUGUGCUGAAGUUUCGGCUGGGGGAGAAGACAUACGCUGCAAUGGAAGCACACACGCCGGGGUGUCUAUGCACCUCAAAGCUGUCUCAUAUUUUGUGUCAGCGCGGCUAUAGGGGAGCUGUCGUCCAGCGGAUCGACAGAGUCUUCGCUGAAGUUGGGGGCUUCCAGGAACCCGAACAAAGCCAACACUGGAAACAAGUUGUUGCUGCUGAGAGGCUUGCGAAGGCCAGGAGGGACCGCAAGCAGGCAAAAGAUGUACAACAAAAACCUGUCGCUGCUGCUACUGCUUCUGCAGCAGCAGCAGCAGCUGCUGCUGCAGCUGCAGCCGCGGAUCAGGAAAAUGCACCUAGCCGCACAAACCUUCGAUGUUGCCCCUACCCUACAGUGAAGGGAACAUCCCUAAGCCACGCUGCUGUUGCUCCGUCUGAAGGCCCAGUAAGACGCGGAACACACUGGCACAGCGCAGCAGCAGAGGCAAGCGCUGGUAGAAGCAGCAGCAGCAACAACUGCAGCAACAACAGCAGCAGCAACAGCUGCAACACCAGCAGCAGCAGCAACAGUUGCGGCAACAGCAGCAGCAGCAGCAACAACAACAGCAGCUGCUGCAACAACAGCAGCGGUAAUGACAGCAGCAGCGGCAAGCCGUUGUCUGGCGGCGCUGGUCGUCUGGGCAUUGCCUCUCUGCUGCUGUCGAAUGUGCCUCUGAUGGGGGGCUGCGCACCUGGUGGGGGGCUGAGGCCUCUGAAGGGUGUUUCUACUGCUGCUCCUGCUGCUGCAGCAGCACCGUUACCUGCAGAGACAGCUGUCCCUUCCCACGAUUUGGGGGAUUCUGCUGCUGCUUCUGCUGCUGCUGGUCAUGACAACAACAGACACUGCAGCAACGCUCUUUAG